AUGAGAGAUGUUACCUGCCCCUUUAAGGACGCUUGUAAGAAUAGGCUCAGAUAUCUCCUGUAUAAUAGUGUUUAUUACAAGCUUAUCUAUAGUUCAGAGGAAUAUGACAAUUUUGCCUAUGAUGCAAUACAGUAUAUUAGGAACAUUUACAAUAGCUUAAAUGGUUUUAACGCAGAUGAUAAGGAGGGUUCACAAUUUUACAUUCCCAGAUGA